AUGGCCUUUAUACGCCGCUAUCAGGAAACUGAUUCUGAAGCCUGCGCUCAUAUUUGCCGCGCCACCCUUCCUCUCUCCCUCUCAUCUUCCCCAGUAGCCACCAAGCUGUCGCCAUAUCUAUGGACGCACCAGUACACGUUUCUCUCGCCAUCCACCUGCUGGGUUCUGGAUGACGGUUCGGGAAAGGCCGUCGGGUACUGCAUUGGGUGUCCAGACAUACACGCCUUUGCCGCCGCUUAUCCAUCCUACGUGACCUCGGUGCUAACCCCCACCGUUGCCGCACCCUCGAACCUCGAGACCCGCGAGCCCUGGACCAUCAUGGACGACUCGCUCCUGGGACUGACGGCGCCCGGUACCACGACCGGCGACGGCCACAAGGUCAAUGUCGUUGCCAUGGCUCAGACCGCUUACAACGUUCAGUGGCUCUUGUUCCAUGGCAACGAACAUUUGACCGACAAGUGGCGAGCCACCAUGCAUAUAGACCUGCUGGAGACGUGGCAAGGCAAAGGUUGGGGCCCAAAACUAAUCGACGCCUUUGUCAAGAGCGUCAGGGACAGCUCUCAGCAGUAUGGCCAGGGUAUCUGGAUCGGUAUUGCAGCCGAGAAUGAAAAGGUGGUCACAUUCUACGAGAGGGUGGGGUUUCAAAGAAUCAACAAGCCUCAUGAUCAAAGUGGCGGCGGCGAUGGUAUCAACAUGGUGAAAAAUAUCCCAAGCGUGCACUAA